ACAUGGCGGCUUCAUGACGGGCUGCGCUCAGCACACUACUCCCGCGAUCACCACGCCAGCAUAGGACUGGGGAUUGUGCUUGCUGAACGCGCUGCUGCAUCGCCCCAUCGGUCCCGCCACCGCCCUUGAUACCGCCACUAUGCCUCCCGAGCACCGAGUGACCGACCGACCCUCCUAUUAUACAAUGACGACACCAGCGCCGGUGUCCGCAGUGAGCCCCCAGGGGCUCCCCCAUUCCCGCUCCAAUUCCCAGUCGUACAUCAACAACAAGUCUACAACUUCUCCCAUGUCGUCCCCGCGGCCUCCGCCCUCGGUUGGCCAGCCGCUCCCCCCCAAGCUCUCCCCCGGAGCCGCCCGAGGCGCCGUUCAAGAUGCCCGAACCUCGAGUCCGAACUACUUCGGACUGGCCGCCGACCCCGCCGCCGACCCGCGUGAUUCGUGCCUGGUACCGCGCGAGAAUUGGAGCUCGCCGUCAUCCUCGGUCAAGUCGUUCUCUGCAGCGAUCCCCAAGCAGCUUCCCUUGGAUGCGAACCCCGAGUUCGAGGCCUUCCGGAGGCAGAUCGAUGCAAACCGCUCCAGGGCUGCGUUUAGCUUAUCGGCUUCUCACUUCGGUGUUUCAACGGGAGGCGCGCACACCCCGCCGGCCUCGACGCCGUCUGCUCUGCAGCGGCCACGCCCCCCGAGAUGGCACACCCAAGGGGGCGAUAGCUCGGAUAUUCCGUUUCCGCGGCCCCGUCUCGCUACCGGAUCUUUUGGCUUGGGGGACCCCCCUGGAAGCAAACUUGACAAGGACGCCGACAGCCUCCAAGAAGAUUCUGCGUAUGUAUCUGCAGAUUCCAAGCGCAGCUCUGCUGUUUCGCUGAACCCGCCUUUCUUUCCGAGCAUGGGCAGGCACGAGAUACCCCCACCCAAACUACCGUCGCCGUUCGCGGCCCCUGACCGGGCGGGAGCCAACUUCGCCCCCUCCCACACGAAUGACCGGCCGUCGCCGCAGCCCAUAACCCGCGGCAAGACGGUAUCACCGUCCCCCAGCUCGCUCAGCCAAAUCGGCACGGCCGUGGGGCCGCAGGCGCAGGGCACUGGCGGCCCCGCUUUGAUAUCUCCGGCGGAACUUAAAGACAUGUUAGAAAAGGACCGGGACGCGAAGCUCUUGCUGUUGGACCUCAGAGUCUCGCCCCAGUUUGCACAAUCGAGGGUGCGCGGGGCGUUGAACCUGUGCAUCCCCACGACCUUGCUAAAGCGCGCAACCUUCAACCUGCAAAAGCUUCAGCAAACCUUCCAGGCGGACCAGGACCAGGAAAGGUUCUCUAGCUGGCGCGAGGCGAGUCAUCUUGUUGUGUAUGACGCCUCUUCAUCCGACCAGCGAGACGCUGUUUCCGCCAUAAAUAUGAUCAAAAAAUUCACUAACGAGGGCUACUCGGGGCCUGUCGGCAUCCUGCGCGGGGGCUUUAACGCAUUCGCUGCAGCAUACCCAGCCUUGAUCGAUCGAUCCUCAGGCGGGCCAUCCCCGGGCUUGUCGCUCGGAGGUGGCCCAGUGUCUGGCGGCCUACGCGCUAAUCUACCACCAGUCAUUGGCGGGGUGCUCUUACCCAAUGCGCACCACAACCCGAGCCCGUUCUUCAACAACAUCCGCCAGAAUCAGGAUUUGGUCGAUGGCGUCGGCCAAAUGGACAUCGGUGUCCCCGCAGGCCUCGCUCUUGCCAGCCUCCCCCGUUGGCUCCGAGACGCGGCCGAGUCUGGGGAUCAUGGGAAGAAGGUCUCGGACAAUUUUCUGCGCAUCGAACGCACAGAGCAAUCGCGCAUGCGCGAGGCGUAUUCGGUGGUCGGGCCUGCAGAUAUCCGAAGCGGCGCUCAAGAAAAUAUCACCAAAGUACAGCUAUCGGGCAUCGAAAAGGGAGGGAAAAACAGGUACAAGGAUAUCCUACCCUUUGAACACGCAAGAGUGAGGCUUCUAGGCCGCCCCGAAGGCGUUUGUGAUUAUGUGAACGCGAGCCACCUCCAAGCGAAACGGAGCCACAAGCGAUAUAUUGCGAGCCAGGGCCCACUGCCCGCUACGUUUGAGGACUUUUGGUCCGUUGUCUGGGACAACGAUGUACGCGUCAUUGUCAUGUUGACCGCCGAGUCGGAGGGGGGCCAGUUGAAAUGCCACCCGUACUGGAAAGGGAAUGACUUCGGUCCCGUAAAGUUGCGAGUCCUCUCGGAGAAGAAAAUAUCGCUGGAUAUUGAUAAGCGGAGGCCGCCGCCAACCACGGGCAUGACAACGACAGACGGCCCCGCAAGCCCGUCACGGACAUCGUUUCCCGAUUUCUUACCCGACGCGGCCCGGCGGCGUGCGAAUACGACGACGACGCUCGAUAUCGGGGCCCAAACGGCCAACCAGUUCGCGUUCCCCCCACAGGCAACAACAGCGACAGAGACGCCCCAUGUCAUCGUCCGCAAGUUCGCUCUCAGCCACGCUGCACACCCCUUCUCUCCUAUUCGCGAAGUUACACAACUCCACUACCCAUCGUGGCCCGAUUUCGGUGCCCCGGCUCAGCCCAGUCAUCUCCUCGCACUCGUCGAACUGGCAAACAUCAUGCAACGCAGCGUACUCCCGCGUGAGCCCCCCGUGGCUUUGACAUCGGCACCCAUGCCGCGACAAAAGGGUGGCUUUACAGGCGAGGCGGCGAGCAAUCCGUUCUUUGCGCACCAUGGCUCUGACCGAGAUACCUCUACCGGGCUGAAGAGGGCAGAUAAUGAGAACAUGCCCCUGGCUUGGCACGAGGGACCCGAAUCGCAGGAGCACGCUAGCCCCUUGCUGGUGCACUGCUCGGCCGGCUGCGGCCGAACGGGCGCGUUCUGUACGGUCGACACCGUCAUCGACAUGCUCAAGCGCCAGAAACAGCACGUGCUGGGCCACGCUACGAAUGCGACCAUGCGCCGGGCGCAGCCGGGCCCACUGGUUUACGAUCCGGACGGGGACAUCAGCAUGAGCCAAGGAACUACCGAGCCCGACCGUUUAGCAAUAGAUCAGCACGGCACUGUGCCGAACAUUAACACGAGUUGGCUCGACGACGACGCCGUGGACCUAAUUGCGCAGACCGUGGAAGACUUUCGUGGCCAGAGGCUGAGCAUGGUGCAAAGUCUGCGACAGUUUGUGUUGUGCUACGAGACGGUGCUAGAGUGGGCGCGGCGGCUUCAAGAAGACGGAGGCGGGGGACUCGACGGAAAGGGGAGAGGCCGAAGCGAGAGUCUGGCGUUUUAGGAAGCGCCGCGCGGGGUUCAUAUCACGGCAGGACAGCGUUUGUGGAUGCUCAUUUUGGGUGCGGUUGGGGGGCAAAGGUAUAUCCAGCGGAGAAGGGUUAUGGGGUUAUGGGCACGGUUCGGGAUGGCUGCUUGAGAACUCUGGAACUCCAUGUGUAGUUUCGGGGUUUGCACAGGGGGGAUUCUGCUCUAUUUUAUUUUGCGAAGACGACAUCCCGAUCAAAAGGGAAGUUUAUAAAGGAUACCUAGACAUAUGCAUAACGGUGUGGCGUAUAGCAACAACGAUGGACGGAUUCACCGAGCAUUGAUUCGAAGGCGUGCAUGCUCAGGAUGUUGGUUAGACAUUGGGCUGGUAUAGAUUUCU